AUGUACGUACGCGCGCGUGGCGUGGCCCGUGCCUCCGCCUCCUGCUGCAGCCGGCGGGACACUGCUCUCCCGUGCGCGUCCAAGCAAGCCGACGACGCCCGAGAAGCAGAAGCAGAAGCAGAAGCGCGGGGCAGGGGAGGGAGAGGCGGCGCGGAUGGGGAAGGGGAGGGGGCGUCGGCGCAGGGGGCGCGGGUAGGCCGAGGAGGGGGCGGCGCCGCGGGUGGGGCAGGGGAGGGGCGGCGGCGCGGGUGGGGCAGGGGAGGUGGCGUCGGCGCAGGUGGGGCAGGGGAGGGAGCGGCGGCGCGGGUGUCCUUUGCGAGAUGA